CGCGAUAUCAUAUUCAACCGGGGGGACUCAACGCCGUUCAUCCCUGAAUCAUGUCUCUAGGCUUGAUCAUCCGUUGACCGCGCUCCCGAAACUAUUUCUUUGAGAGUCACAUCUGGGACUUCUCCCACCAGCACAUCUCCACGGCACUCUCGCUUCCCGUCCCCGCCAGACAAAUCACCAUGGCGGCCGACAAACCCCUCCUUAAAAUCCUCAUGCUGCACGGCUUCACCCAGUCCGGCCCUCUCUUUCGUGCCAAAACCCGUGCCCUUGAGAAACACCUCCAGAAAUCCUUCCCGCUGCACACCCUCGUCCUCUCCUACCCCUCCGGCCCCGUCCGCCUCGACCCCUCCGACAUACCUAAUUUCCGCCCCUCAGCGCCAGAAUCAGACGACCAGCCUUCGCAGGAACUGUGCGCCUGGUGGCGUCGCGCAGAUGGGAUCGAUCCGCCGGAAUAUCUCCGGUUCGACGUGGGCCUGACGGCCGUUGCGCAGACGCUGAGAUCGGAGGGUCCCUUUGACGGGGUGAUUGGAUUCUCUCAGGGCGCUGCGUUCGCGGGGAUGUUGGCCGGUUUGCUGGAGGAUGGGAGGAAGGAGGCCUUUGAGUAUUUUUCAAAGCCGGAGAAUAAUAGUUCGCCGGUGACUCGUGCGUCCGGGUCGUUUGCUCAGCCCACUGUUGCUGCUGCUGCCGCGGCGAAUUCGCAGCAGCAGCUGGCGAUGGGUUCCGUCUCCGGCGUGGAAUUCCCCGCGGCGUUCUGGAACUUGGAUCACCCGCCGCUGAAGUUUGCUAUUUGUUAUUCCGGAUUUCGAGCGCCUGGGGCGCGGUAUCGGGCUUUCUAUGAGCGACCUGCGAUUCGGACGCCUAUCUUGCAUGUCCUUGGCAGUCUAGACGCUAUUGUUGAUGAGAGUCGCAGUCGAUUCCUGAUUGACUCGUGUGCGGGCGAUCCGGAGAAAGAAGGGAGAGUUGUUUGGCAUCCUGGUGGUCACUUUUUGCCAUGCCAAAGGCCGUAUCUGGAUGCGGCGGUGAAGUUUAUCAGGGAAUGUCUGGAGACGGGCAAGGGGAAAGGAGAGAGUGGGACAAGUAGCGGCGUUGCCUGCUCCGCGGAUGUUAAGGGCUUAAGGGGAAAUAUUUAGUCGGCAAACUAAGCAAUUGGUUGGGAUGAGGCUUAGUUACACCUAUAGACCUAUAGAUCUAUACCUAGAGAAGACUUUGUAUGUCCUUAGAGGAUAAUCGC